AUGCAUAAAUCAAAUCCACUGGACAGUGGUUUUAUCUAUAUUCAUACACAUUUGAAAGCACUAACCGAGUGUGUUUGCCUAUCUAUCUAUCUAUCUAUCUAUCUAUCUAUCUAUCUAUCUAUCUAUUUCAGUCUUAUAAAAUCUAUCUAUCUAUCUAUCUAUCUAUCUAUCUAUCUAUCUAUCUCAGUUAGUUUCAUUAUCUAUUUAUCUUUUUCCGUUCGAUCAAUUCUGUUUAUCUAUCUGUUGCAGAUGGUUUCAUUAUCUAUCUAUCUAUCUAUCUAUCUAUCUAUCUAUCUAUCUAUCACAUCUGAUCAAAUCUAUCUAUCUAUCUAUCUAUCUAUCUAUUUCAGUCUUAUAAAAUCUAACUAUCUAUCUAUCUAUCUAUCUAUUUCAUCUGAUCAAAGCUAUUCAUUCUAUCUAUCAUCUAUCUAUCUAUCUAUCUAUCUAUUUCAGUCUUAUAAAAAAUCUAUCUCAUCUAUCUAUCUAUCUAUCUAUCUAUCUAUCCAUCCAUCUAUCUAUCUAUCUAUCACAGUCUGA